CUCCCCUCUUCAACUUCAACUUCAACUUCAACACCACCCCUCACCCCUCACCACCGCUCCUCCCUCUACGCUACCAGAGAGAGAGAAAUCUCGAGCGCAUAUUUAUCCACACACAGGCGCAGCUAUACUAUUUCCGAAGAUACCUUCAGCCCAAUUAAGGAGCAGAGUAGGAAAUUCUCGUCGGUCGGGAGGGAGGGUUGACGAUAAAGAGCGAGCAAGCAAGACAGCGCAGCCUUGUGCAGUGGAGUUGGUUGAGUGGGAUUUUAUUACCCCGCUACAUAAGGAUACUUACUUACUCACUUCCGACGACGCAUAUUUAUUUCUGCACCUCAACGAUUCGAUUCCAUUGUCGCGAAUACAGCUAGGCGCGCAGCGGAUAGAGAACGACUCUGCAGAAGAGAAGAGAAGAGUGAGCUUGAGCUGGAUUUGAUAUAAGGAAGAAAGCAAGCAAGCAAGCAAGCAAGCAAGCAAAUUGUGCGGCACUGCUGAGUUGAGUUGAGUUGAGUUUUGAAGUCGAAACGCGAGUCGAAACGCGAGUCAGCGCAUAUCGGGUAGGGUUCUUUGGUACGGUCGGGGCAGAGCAGAGCAGAGCAGAGCAGGGCAGGGCAGAGCUUAGCUAGCACGGGUGUAGGAAGGACUGCGACUGCGACGGGGAGGAUAUACCUCUGUGUUGCUUGGAGCGAGAUAGGAUAGGGAAGGAUAGGAUAGGAUAGGAGCGCAAAGACCAGAGAAGUGCAGAACAAGACAAGACAAGACGAGGCAAGACCGAGACGAGGCAAGGCAAGACACCAAAAAUUGGUCAUGAUGGCAGCACAACUCCGGGGGGAAGGGUCAGGCGCGAGCCCAGGACAAGGCCAAGCACAAGGACAAGGACAAGGCAUAGCAACAGCUCUCAACAACGGACUUUCCACCACCACCACCUCCUCCUCACAAGCCACGAACGGAGAUGGUACCACAGGAGCAGGAGGAGGAGACAAGCCCGAGCUUAUCCUGACGAAUCGCGCUGGUGAGAGUAGGAGUCCGUAUGUGAGGGCGCACCGGGGGAAUCCUGUGCGGUGGCAGGUUUGGGGGGAGGAGGCGGUGGAGAUGGCGAGGAGGGAGAAUAGGUUGUUGUUUUUGAGUAUUGGGUAUAGUGCUUGUCAUUGGUGCCAUGUCAUGGAACGCGAAUCCUUCGAAAACGAAGAGGUAGCCUCAAUCCUCAACUCCGCCUUCAUCCCCAUCAAAAUCGACCGCGAAGAACGUCCCGACAUCGACCGUAUCUACAUGAACUUCGUUCAAGCAACUACCGGCUCCGGCGGCUGGCCUCUCAACGUCUUCGUCACGCCAGACCUCGAGCCCGUCUUCGGCGGCACGUACUGGCCUGGUCCAACAUCGCAGACUACACCGUUUGAAGACCAGGUUGGUUUCUUGGGCAUCUUGGAUAAGCUGAGUACGGUGUGGAGAGAGCAGGAACAGAGGUGUAGGAGCGACUCGAAGCAGAUACUGGAGCAGUUGAAGAGUUUUGCUGCUGAAGGGACGUUUGGUGGAAGACUUGGUGAGGGAGCUGAUGGUCUUGAUAUCGAGCUUUUGGAGGAAGCGAAUCAGCAUUUUGCUUCGACGUUUGAUAGUAAGAAUGGCGGGUUUGGCUCUGCACCGAAAUUCCCUACGCCUUCGAAAUUGUCCUUCUUGUUGAGAUUGGGCCAGUAUCCGUCUGUUGUUAUUGAUGUGGUCGGUGCUGCCGACUGCAGAAAUGCGCAGACUAUGGCUGUAACGACUCUGAAGAAGAUGGCGAGAGGUGGCAUCCAUGAUCAUAUUGGGAAUGGCUUCGCGAGAUACUCCGUCACAGCAGAUUGGUCGCUUCCCCAUUUCGAGAAGAUGCUGUACGAUAAUGCUCAGCUGCUCCACGUCUACCUAGACGCAUUCCUACUUUCGAGAGACGCAGAACUCCUCGGCGUCGUAUACGACAUCUCAACAUACCUAACCACCGAUCUCGCACACUCAGCCGGAGGAUUCUACUCUAGCGAAGACGCAGAUAGUCUCUAUAGGAAAGGCGACACCGAGAAACGCGAAGGAGCAUUUUACGUGUGGACGAAACGCGAAUUCGAAAACGUCCUCGGCUCGCAAGCUGAGCCUAUCCUCUCAGCAUUCUUCAACGUCAGCGGUCAUGGAAACGUCGAGCCUGAAAACGACGCACACGAUGAAUUCCUCGAUCAGAAUGUCCUCGCUAUUGUCAGCACGCCUAGCGCACUUGCCAGUCAGUUCGGUAUGAAGGAAGAGGAGGUUGUGCGGAUUAUUAAGGAGGGUAAAGCUGCGCUGAGAGCCCAUCGGGAGAAAGAGCGUGUUAGACCUGUGCUGGAUGAUAAAAUUGUCGUGAGCUGGAAUGGAAUCGCUAUUGGUGCUCUGGCUAGGACGGGAGCUGUGAUCAAGGGUUUUGAUCCGGUGAAGUCGGAGGAGUAUCUUGGCUUUGCGAUCAAAGCUGCUACUUUCAUCAAGGAGAAUUUGUAUGAUGCGUCUUCGAAGACUUUGUAUCGGGUUUGGAGAGAAGGACGGGGUGAUACGGAGGGAUUUGCGGAUGAUUAUGCGUUCUUGAUUGAAGGCCUGAUUGAUCUGUAUGAAGCGACUUUCGACGAGAAGUGGCUACAAUGGGCCGAUGAGCUGCAACAAACCCAAAUCUCACUCUUCUUCGACACAGCCAGCACCGCCGGCUUCUUCUCCACGCCCGCCUCCGCCCCGCUCACCAUCCUCCGCCUCAAAGACGGCAUGGACACCUCCGAGCCCUCCACCAAUGGCACAUCCGCCUCCAACCUCUACCGUCUCUCCUCGCUCCUCAACGACGCCGCGUACGCGGACAAGGCGAAGAGUACCAUCGCCGGCUUCGAGAGCGAGACCUUGCAGUACCCGUGGCUGUUUGCGAGUUUCAUGCCUAGUGUUGUGGCGAGCCAGUUGGGUGUUAGGGGCGUGGUUGUUGCGGGUGGUGGGGAUGAUGGGGAGGGGGUUGGGGUGGGUAUCGGCAAGGUCAAGGAGUUUGAGAAGAGUCCUAGAGGGGGACUGGGGACUUUUGCGUGGUUGAAAGAUGGAGAUGAGAAGGGGGGUUGGUUGAGGAGUAGGAAUGAACUACUUAGGGAUUUCAGAGGGAGGGAUGGAGUGGCGAGGGUAAUGGUUUGUGAGGGGGGUGUUUGUAAGGAGGAGGGUGUGCUGGGGGGUGUGAGGGAGGCUGUUGGUGCUGGUGCUGGUGCUGGUGUUGGCAGUGCUGAGGCAGGCCUGAGCGGGGCGGCUGAGAAGGAGAAGCAGAAGGAGAUUAAUGUCAGUGAUUUCAAAACUGCAUUGCCUUCUCUCUCUUCACAGCAGUCAACAGCACCUCCAUCUGCUGUACCUGCCGUGGAAGCGCAGACACAGAAGAGCGAAGAGAAGAAUGCUGAUGCAAAUACUUCGCCGUUUACGGUGCCUAGCUAGCUAGCUAGCCAGCCAUAUUAGCAGGCAGUUGAUAUAGGCAUCAGAGGUACUAAUCGAGUUUUUCUUCUUAUUUGGUGGGUGGAGCUAGGUUUGUUUGCUUAUUGGGCUGACUGAAGGUGGCGUUUGAGGGGUGGUCGUUAUUUAUUCUCUUAGUAUUCCAUGGGUUUGAGAUGGCGUGAUGAAGGCGAGGUGAUGGGAUGUUGGGUUGGGUGCGAGACAACGUUGAUAAGUUGAAUGGUUUUAUGCAUGCAUACUUACUUAGAUGGAUAGGUAGAGGGACAGAGGGACAGAGGGACAAGCAGCGGAUGUAUGGUGGCGUAGCGUGGGG